AUGGAUUCCAGAAAAAUCCAGCAUUUCGACCAGGCCUGGUUCCAGAAUCAAAUCCCUGAAGGUACUUCUGAAAUAUGGAAUCUUGCUCUUGGAGGCAAAGCUGUCCAGUCUUCCAGAUACAAUGCAUUAACAGCUGCUCAUAAUGCUGUGGAUGGCAACAGGGAGUCAAACUACGCACGCGGGUCAUGCAGCAUUACUAACGAGGACAGGGACCCCUGGUGGAGAGUGGACUUGGGAGACGUCUACAGGAUAACCAGGGUUAGCGUCACUAAUCGUGGAGACUGUUGUGAGAAGAGGAUCGAGGGGAUCCAGAUCCGUAUUGGCAACAGUCUCGACAAUAACGGCAACAAUAAUGAGCUUGCAGCAGCUGUUGGGCCCAUCCCACUUGGAGGCACAAAAUCAUUUGCAUUUAAGCCUAUUAAAGGACGAUAUGUCAACCUUAUUGUGCCUGGACGCAAAGAAUACCUCACACUGUGUGAAGUUGAGGUAUAUUCAGAGUAAGUGGAAUGAAAUGACGUUACACCACAGUCACUGAUCCCCCCCCCCCAAAUGACUGUUUUUUAAGCAAAACUAAUAUUGC